AUGGCGUUCUACACCGAGGAAGAAGAAGUCUAUAAAUGUCCAAAACACCCCUUAAAGCGCAGGAGAACAACGGGCAUCUGUCCUACGUGUCUACGUGACCGGCUGGUCACACUCUGCCCGGAGUGUGCCAACACUCGUCCAUGUUCAUGUUCUCAUACCCGAGAACAUGAACAUUCGACAUCAACUUCUUCGUCUUCAUCCUCCUCAUCAUUCUCUCUCUUUCAGUAUUCCCGUGGCGGGUCCCGUCACGGGAAUAAAGAAGUAGGUCGCAUCUCUAAUCUUAUAGAGAGCGAACCGGCUUUUCGGAAAUCGAGAUCGCUAGCGAUCCCGUUUCUACGGUCGCGAUCGCGGUACGGGUUGGACCAAGAGUUUGUUGAGGUGGAGAAUAAGAAGCCUGCGUAUGUUAGCAGGAGUAAAAUUAAUUUCUGGUCGGUUUUUAAAGUUGGUAAAUCUAGUAAAUGUGAUUUACAUGAUGAUGGAUCGAAUAAGAGUGAUGGUCAUGGCGUAACCGAAGAUUAUUCGAGGAUGUUGAGAUCCAGAUCGGUUGCGGUUGGUGCGGGUGAUGGUUUUAGUCCCGCGACGACUAAGCGUCGCGGAUGGUAUUUUCCGAGCCCGUUGAAGGUUUUUCGGCAGUCGAAGACGACUAAAUUACAUAUGCAUGAACGGUCGCCGAUGCAUAGAGGCUGA